AUGGCCGACAACAACGGUGGCAACAGCGGAGGCACCAACACGAACACCGCAGAGGUUCAGAUACAAAUCCCAGAAGCAUCGAAAAGCGAAGCUCCAGCAGCUCAGGAAGCACCAGCAGGAAGCCCGGAAGCCAAGAAUUGGAAAUGGUGGUUUGUGGUGGCAGCAGAUGCUUUCUUCCUCAUUGUUGGUCAGACAUCAGCAACAUUAUUGGGGAGAUACUACUACAGCCAAGGUGGCAACAGCAAGUGGUUAUCAGCAUUUGUGCAGACUGCUGGCUUUCCUAUAUUGUUCUUCGGAUUGUUCUUUUUCCCUUCAAAGUCGUCUUCCGGCGAAACUCCGAUCGGCAAAAUUACUAUGAUAUAUGUUGUCUUGGGGCUCAUCAUGACCGCCGACGACAUGAUGUACUCCCAUGGGCUGAUGUAUCUUUCAGUCUCAACUUUUUCACUCAUCUGUGCUAGUCAGCUUGCCUUCAAUGUCAUCUUCUCAUACGUCUUGAACUCUCAGAAACUCACCGGUUUAAUCAUGAACUCUGUGGUCUUGCUUACCUUGUCUGCUUUACUCCUUGGAGUCAAUCACGAAUCUUAUGGACCAGCCGGUGUCUCAAGAGGGAAGUAUCUUCUGGGUUUCCUAUUGACACUAGGAGCGUCAGGCACCUACUCACUUAUCCUUUCUCUGAUGCAACUUACAUUCGAGAAUGUGAUCAAGAAGCAAACCUUCUCGGCAGUUUUGAACAUGCAGAUAUAUACUGCACUCGUGGCAACUUUUGCUGCUCUUGUUGGACUAUUUGCAAGUGGUGAAUGGAAGGAUUUGAAAGGGGAGAUGGACAGAUUCCAAUCAGGACAGUUCUCUUACCUGAUGACACUAGUGUGGACAGCAGUAUCUUGGCAGGUUGCUUCUAUCGGAAUGGUGGGCUUGAUAUUUGAGGUAUCAUCGUUGUUCUCAAAUGUGAUCGGCACCUUCGCUCUGCCUAUUGUUCCUCUUUUUGGUGUGAUGGUCUUUCAUGACAAGAUGAAUGGAGUCAAGAUCAUAGCCAUGCUAAUUUCAAUAUGGGGUUUUGCUUCAUAUGUCUAUCAACAAUAUCUUGAUGAUUCGGAGCUAAGAAAAUCAACAACACAACUACACACCAUACCACACUCUAGUAUCACAAACCACCCAUUCCAUCUCAAGAUGUGUUUUUCCUUUAAAUAUAGUGCAUAUGAUGUUGGGUAUUUGUAUCCUUCCCGUAGGCAUGAAUCUCAGAACAAUGCGUCUUCUUAG